AAAAGUGGAGAAGGCAUGGGCUCAUAUUUGGCACUCUUUACCCUGCGUAUUACUCUUACAAGGCUGUAAAGUCAAAGGAUAUUAAAGAAUAUGUAAAAUGGAUGAUGUACUGGAUUAUAUUUGCACUCUUCACAACAGCAGAGACAUUCACGGACAUUUUUCUUUGCUGGUUUCCAUUUUAUUAUGAACUGAAAAUAGCUUUUGUAGCUUGGUUGUUGUCUCCAUACACAAAGGGCUCCAGCCUGCUUUAUAGGAAAUUCGUACACCCAACACUGUCUUCAAAAGAAAAGGAAAUAGAUGACUGCCUAGUCCAAGCAAAGGAUCGAAGUUACGAUGCUUUGGUGCACUUUGGGAAGCGGGGUCUCAAUGUUGCAGCCACAGCUGCUGUGAUGGCAGCUUCUAAGGGCCAAGGAGCUUUAUCAGAGAGACUUCGGAGCUUCAGCAUGCAAGAUCUCACAACAAUUCGAGGAGAGAGCAGCAGCACAGUGACUCCCCCUCCUCCUGCCUCAUCGGGUUCAGUGCGAUCAAGCAGCAAGGAGAGCCGGUCAAAAACAUCCAAACGUGCAUCAGACAGUAUUGGACGUUCAGAGUGUGCAUGUUGUACAGUUUGCCGAGUUGUCCAAGUGGUUGAACUAGAGAGUGAGGCAAACACUGCAAACCCACCUGAUGCAAACUGUGAACCAACUGAUGUUGCGUUCUCAGAUGAUGAUGAGAAGGACUCAUUGGAUUGUACAUCCAAGACUAAAAGACCUCAGACGAAGGAGCCAGUCAUUGAGGCACCGCCUAGGAGCCUUAGACCUCGUUUCAGGAAAAAAAGUACCUCAUCAUCGACCACUGAAACCAUAUUCACAGCAAAGAGAUGCUAGAAUAGAACACUUGAGAAUGCACUGUAAGACUCAACACCACAACAGUAUUCCAAAGGUCGAUGUUUUGUUAUAUUGCUUGAAAUACAUCAUGAAAAUAAAGUCUUAAACUUUUCUUUAAAAAAAA